GAUUUCCUCGGUGGUGUCGCUCCAUCGUGACAUCAUGAAGCAGGGCCGAAGAGCACUGGAGACAGGGUGAAGCCUCCCGUGUGUAACAGUGAUCCAGAACAUCGGCUGAACUCUUAGUUGUAGCCAUGUCAUUAAUAAGCUUAACGUCUGCGCACAGAUUACGAUCAGUCUACAGAUUGCAGAGAAUACAAGGACACAUGAUGUCCAGUAAAGCCGUGUCUGAGGUUCUGUUUGAGAAAGUUGGGAACACUGGAGUCAUCACACUAAACAGACCCAAAGCUCUCAAUGCUUUCACUCUCACCAUGAUCAGACAAAUUCAACCUCAGCUCAAGAAAUGGGACAAAGAUUCAGAAACAGACCUGGUGAUCAUUAAAGGAGCGGGAGAGAAGGCAUUCUGUGCUGGGGGAGACAUCAGAGCUAUCACAGAAGCUAGAAAAGCAGACGAUUCUUUUACUCAAAUCUUCUUCCGUGAGGAAUAUAUUCUUAACAACGCUAUUGCUACGUAUAAGAAACCCUUUGUGGCUCUAAUUGAUGGAAUUACAAUGGGAGGAGGUGUGGGUAUUUCAGUUCAUGGACGGUUUCGUGUUGCCACUGAGAAGACACUGUUUGCCAUGCCAGAGACGGGCAUUGGUUUGUUCCCUGAUGUUGGUGGCGGCUACUUCCUACCUAGACUUAAAGGCAAACUAGGCCUUUUUCUUGGCCUGACUGGGUUCCGCCUCAAAGGGAGAGAUGUUCAGAGGGUCGGGUUGGCUACUCACUUUGUGCAGUCCGACAAGAUUGCGUCUCUUGAGAAGGAUCUUGUUGAUCUGAAGUCUCCGUCGGACAGUGAUGUGGUUCAACUGCUGGAUUCUUAUCAACAACAGAGCAAUCUGGAUGCUGAGAAACCUUUUGUACUUCAAGAACAGACAGAGGCCAUCGACAGGCUCUUUUCAGCUGGAAGUAUGGAGGAGAUCAUGGAGAACCUAAAGAAAGAUGGCUCUGCUUUUGCACUCAAACAGAUUGAGACUCUGGCCAAAAUGUCCCCAACCUCUCUGAAGUUAACUUUCAGGCAGAUUCAGGACGGAGCGAGAAUGAGUUUGCAGGAGGUGUUGGUGAUGGAGUAUAGACUCAGUCAAGCCUGUAUGAGAGGCCACGAUUUUUUUGAGGGAGUCAGGGCAGUGCUAAUCGAUAAAGACCACAGUCCAAAGUGGAAACCUUCUACCCUGUCUGAGGUCUCCGAGCAGGCUAUAGAAGAAUGUUUCAGCUCUCUAGGUGAAAGAGAUCUCAAACUAUAGAAAUUCCACUCAAAAAUCCUAUAAGUUGCUUUCACAAACCUCUGAAAUUUAUCAAAGAAAUCUGCAUUGUUAUUUCUAUCAGUAUAGCUGACGUAUGCAAAAAUAAUCUUGAUGCUUGCAGCUGAAGCAAACGUUCCUCUGAGACUAUGGGGUUCUACUGAUCCUUGUGAUGAAAUGAACAAUGCUAGUUUCUUACAGAAAUUGCAUUUUCUUUGUCCCAUUACCCUGGGAAAUGGCAUUUAGAGUAAGCUAACAACUGAGAGAAGUCUAGUCAUAUUUUAAAGGUAAAGUUCUUCCAUAAAUGAAAAUUUUGUAAUUUACAACUUCUUUUAAUAUUACAAUGCAGGUCUUUCCCGCAAAAUAACAUCAAAGACUUUUUACAGAUAUUCCAGUUUUGAUUUCUACAGAAAAAAGAAAAUAACUGCAAAAAGGUUCAAAAUUUCAUGAAGUUGAGAAUAAUGACAGAAUUUCUGUUUUUGGUUGACCUACAGAAAAAUAUGAAUUUGCAGCACUCUUGUUGAGGUGAAUAAUGUGCUGGGAAGCCUAUUUUGCAUACUUAUUCUUAAAACCGUCUUUUACACCCAUACUGUGUAAGCAUUUGUGUAAACCCUGUGGUAAGAAAAUGGCAGACACUCAUUUUUGCACAUGCUGCAAUCCAUGAUUAACCCUGACAACCUUAACACAUACCCUGGCCACGUUUCAGUAUGGUGGGAUUAAAGUACUGUCAUGUGAUGCAUAAUAUGACUGCCAUUAACCACAGUGUUUACUCCACAAGCCGUUCCACUGGCCUAGACUAGAGAGAUUCAAGCCUUUGACUAGAAUAAAUCUGAUUGAUUUUUGAGACAACCGUGAUGCCUUGAAUUCAAAUUAUUUGCUUCUUUUCUUCUUUUGCCCAUAUAACUGUGUGGGUGUUCAUAAAAGGUGUGUGACCUAUAUUUGUGCUAAACGAAACAUAAAAUGAUUGUAUUGUAUCUCUGUUUUUGAAAGUAGAUAUGGCAUAAAAUUUCAGUGUGCCUACAGUGCAUCUCAAUAAAACCAACAGUGAAAAUA